GGAAAAGGGGUCGAGGUCGGCGGGUUUGCCGAGACUCAGAGUGGGGGUAUGUCUCAAUGGGCGCACGUCCUUACGGGCGUGGCCUCAUCUUCUCCCCUGUGGCUCAUGUGUUGGAUGGCCCGGGUCCCCGCUCUGGAAUCUUCUUGCCAUGGAAUAGUGAUAUCGAAUGCUGGGCUGCCAAUGGUCCUGUGAGAAGGGAUGGUGGAGAAAGACAGGGUCUGGUGGGGAGGGUUAUCAGAACUUGCAACGAAUGGGAGAGAGAUGGUUUGGCUUACCUUAUGUAGGCUUCACAGGUGAUGAGAUUGGGCGGUGGAGAUGGUUGAGUUGAUUGGGCACAGGUGGUUAGGUUGAUGAUGCAGGUGGUUUGAUUGGCUGGACCCGGGUGGCAGGUCAGCGAGUGGAUUGGGGUGGUCCAGUUCCUGAACCUUAGUUAUGAUAACUCCAUGAGGAGAGCGGCGCAGCGCCUAGUAACUCGGAGGAGUGCAGGACAGGUGGCAGACUGCAGGGGUGCGGCGGUGCACAGUGAAUUUGAUAUGUCACAGUAAAUUAUCUUUAUUUUAAGGUAACAUAGGGUUAAGUGGCUCUCCUGAUAUUAAGUGAAGCUAAGUUGUGUCUAGUGAAGCUUGCUGUCUUUUCAUGCUCCACUAUAUUCACUGGUGCUGUCCUCACAGAGUUAAAGGUGUUUCUGGCUCCUUAAACGACAGCAAACCUCACCAAGAAAAAAAUGUGUCUGAGUCAUCGACAGCGUCGGCCGCUUGCUCUCUCUUGCUCAACCACAUAAUGUCCAUAUGCAAACAUUAAUCACUGCCCCAGUCCUUACAGAAUCUAUGCUACUGUAUAUGUUGUUAAUCAGAAAAGAGAUCAUGAUGUUCCUGGAUCCGACUGCCACUUGGCAGCGUCUAUAGCACCAGGCUGCACAACGUGUGAAAGGCGAAUACGGGGCUAACUAGCUAGUAUUAGCAUGCUAACACCAAGGCGAAUCAGCACUAUAAGGUUACUGCACAUGUUUUACUUAACUUCUCUAAAAAUUCAUCAAACCCAGACCACCUUCUUCCAUUGCUCCGUGGUCCAGUUCUGAUGCUCAUGUGACCAGUGUUGCCACUUUCAGCAGCAAACAAGGGUCAGCAUGGGCACCCUGACUGGUCUGCGGCUAUGCAUCCCCCUUUGCAACAAACUGCGAUGCACUGUGUAUUCUGACAAGAUUCUAUCAGAAUCAGCACUAACUUCAUCAGCAAUUUGAAUGUGAGAAUGAACUGUGCCAAUGUUAUGGCAUUAUAACAAUAUGUUUUAUGUUUUUUUAAGUAAUUUGUGUGUUUGUAGUUCAGUGUAAUGACUUUAUUACUGCUGAUGGUGAAACAAAUUGCUCCAGACAGUGUAAUAAACAUGACCUUGACCUCGUAAGCAGUGGGAGAAAAUGGGGCGAGUGUGAAAGAGACAGUUGUAAAGAGUCACAUUACUAAUUUCUAAUGUGAACAAGAUGCUGAUGUAAUGAUAUCAUGUGGGGUUGACCUGAGGACAAAGCAUAUAUAGCUUGUGUUGCAGGAAACACCAGCAGCACACCACUUCUGCUGUCUGUGCAAACAAACAUGUCCUCUAACUUGCUGACUUGACUGCUCAACUUUGAUGAAUAAUUUGUCGUUCUGAACUCAACAGGUGAUUGUGGUGAUCAUUUUGAGCUUCUUUGACAUGAUUAACUUUUCUUUGUAUGUGUUGCAGUUUACUGGUAUAACAAGCCAGAAGAGUCUUUUUUUCUUCACAUAUCGUUCUGUAAUGUUGUCUGUGUUGCAGCCAAAGGCUAAUAUUACCACUUAUUUGCAGUAUCUACCAUCACAUGAGCUAAUGUUUUUUAGCAUGUUAUCUGUGGGAUCAAGCUGCUCUUUCUUCUACAUUAACAGUGUUUUGCUGUUCACCCUGAGGUCAAAGCAGGUGUUCUGUGAGACAUCCCGUUACAUCCUGCUGUUCAACCUGCUCUUUGCAGACACUGCUACACUGGUGUCGAACCUUCUGCUCUACAUUCUGGCUUUUUUAGGGCUAAGAAUUUCAUAUUAUGCAUGUGGUCCCCUCAUUCUGCUCUCAGUUUUCAUGAUCACCAUCUCCCCUCUCACCUUGGCUGUGAUGUCAUUUGAGAGAUUUGUGGCUGUGUGCUAUCCUCUGAGGCAUGCUGCCAUCUUUACCAUGAGAAGCCUGAGCAUCAUCAUUGCUCUGGUGUGGGCCUUCAGUUUUAUUCACAUCCUCAUUCGAGUUUUUAUGCUGUUAUAUGUGUUCACAACAACCUCCCUUGAUCUGCAAAUGAAUGACUUUUGCAGUAUGGAAGCAUUGUUUUUCACACCAAUCUUUAAUUAUUUUGAAGAAGCAUAUUCCAGCAUUCUCUUCCUGUCAGUUGGUGCUGUAAUCUUUGCCUCCUACAUUGGUGUAGUUCUGGUAGCCAGGUCUGCUUCAACAGACAAAGCCUCAGCUAGAAAGGCUCUUCAAACACUUCUGCUUCACCUGAUUCAGCUGAGCCUGAUUCUUACAUCCACCUUGAGCUCCACCAUUUUAACAUCCAUUGCUAGAAGAGUAGGUAGAUUAACCCUCAUGCGGAUUUACAAUGUAUGCUUUGUGUGCCUGACUAUCCUUCCAAGAUGUCUGAGUGCUCUCAUCUAUGGGCUCAGGGAUCAAACCAUCAGGCCUGCCCUCAGGCAAAAUCUGUGCUGUCGAUGGAGAUGCUCACUUUUCCGAAACAAGAGCCACUAACAAUUUCAAGUGAAUGCUUUUCCAAUACACACUCUGCUUUUCAGCAUGUUACACCAUGUUGCUAAAUAUUUAAGAAGGACAAUAAUAAUAAUAAAACAAUAAUAUGUGGUUAUUCACCAUUUACAAAAGUGAUGAUUGUAUGGAAAGGUUUUGUGUUAUUGGCUUUAUUACAUGUCUCUAAAUUAUUGUUCUUCUUGAAUAACGUAAUGGUGGUUUAUUUUUCUGUUUGUCAGUGAAUGUCCUCAAAUGUUGAAUGAAUGUUAUGAUCAUGACAAUCAGACAGUGAAACAAAAGUGUAUAGAUGAAAAACACAAGUGUUAAAUCGUGAAAGAAGUACAUAGUAACGAAGUAACUUCAAAUAUUCUCUGAUUUCAAAUCCAGAGAGAUGUUAGUCGGAGAUACUAAAAAUGAACAGUCAAACUGACAAGAGAUAGUGUUCAACAACAGUAGCACACAUGUAUGUUCUAAAAGGUUAAUAGGUUUAAAUCAAGAUUAAAAUCUGUUGAUCUGUGAAGGAGAUUUCAUCUUUAACUGGUGACAACAGUUAUUUUCUGCUACAGCCGUUUGUUGUCACAAGAAAUAUAGGUAAGUCUUUGUUUAUGCUCGAUCUGCCAGGUUCUUUUAGUCUAAUGAAAUGUGUGUCCUCAAAAGAGGCCUGCAAGUCUUACAGCUUCAUUUACUCAGUGUUGUAUGACUCUGUGGUGGCAUCAGCCAUUUUCUAUAGAGUAGGCUGCUGCAGCAGCACAUCUCAGCAGCAGGUAGGAAGAGAUCUGAUGAACGUAUCAAGAAGGCCAGCUCCACCCUGGGAUGCCCUCCUGACCCAGUGCAGGUGUUGGGGGAGAGCAGGAUGAUGGACAAGCUGUCAUCACUGCUGGUGAAGAAGUCCCGCCCCCUGCAGGUCACUGUCACAGCACUGGGCAGCUCCUCCAGCGACAGACUGAUACACCCCAAGUGUGUGAAGGAUAUAUGUUCAUCAAUUAUGGACCAAUUAUCAGGUGCGAUAGUCAACAUUUAUCUGGUGUGGCAUGCAGUCAGAAAAGUUACAAGUUACUUUACUUCUUUAAUUCAUUUAAUGAUUAAAAAGUACGAUAUUUGCCUCCAAAAUGUAAAGGAAGGAAAGUGUAAAGUAGAAGAUACUUAAAUAAAUACUUAAGUUCCUCAAAAUAAGUAAAGUACUUCAGUAAAUGUAUU